UAUGCUUUUCUGCUGGAUAUUUACGAUGGAUAAAUUUAGGUUCUUUUGUUAGGUUAUUUACUUAGCAGUAGUUAUUCGAUAUUUAUGGAGUUCACUUGACAGUAAGGUUCUACAUUAAUUCUUUAACUUUUUUAAAUGUCCAAAGGACACGAAUGUCAAUAUCCACUAGUUCUUUAUUUUCGUACUUAAAAGUAGCCAAUAGAUUGCAAGCAAAUGGCUUCGUUCGAGUCCGUUGUGUCUGUGAUUCCUAUUGACUGGCUCCUGUGGGUGUGGCGUAGCUUCCAUACAGACUGGUCGAAAGCCAUUCUUAACAGUGAUUGGCUGCUUUGUGCAUGACGUCGUGUCCCGGAGUUCUCGAAAAAACUGCCUCCAGUGGAGCUCAGCUUUCAUCGCUGAACGCCGCCUUUGUGGAUCUGCCGGCUGCCUGCUUGGAAAUUACAGGCAAGAGGCGAAGACGGUCGCAAUGACUUUCUUCACACCAGAGCGAGAGCCCUGCCGUGUCUUCAAGAGGCCAUGUGGCAACACACUGUUGGCUUUGAUCAUCAUCAUCGCCUCUUUGGUGGCAAUCAGUUCCACCGAUGAAGAUUAUUAUGGCUUGCUGGGAGUGACCAAGGAAGCGUCCAGCAGGGAGAUCCGACGUGCCUUCAAAAAGCAUGCUCUGGCCACGCACCCUGAUACGAACCCGAAGAGCGAAGGUGUCCACACCAGGUUCCUGAGGGUUCGCAGGGCCUACGAGGUGCUGACGGACGAGGAUCUGAGAAGGAAGUAUGACAGAUAUGGAGAGAAGGGACUGCAGGAUAGCCAGGAGAUAGAUGGAUACAGAAGCUAUGAUUUUUACAGAUACGACUUUGGUGUCUAUGAUGAUGACCUUGAGAUAAUCACUUUAGAUAGAGAGGACUUUGACAUGGCUGUGAACUCUGGAGAGCUGUGGUUUGUGAAUUUCUACUUCCCCAACUGUGCUGACUGCCAUGACCUGGAGCCCACGUGGAGGGAGUUUGCCAAAGAGAUGGAAGGGCUGCUGAGGGUCGCGGCAGUGGACUGUGGGUACAGCGGGGAUGUGUGCAAGAGAAAAGGCAUUACCAGCUACCCCACAUUUCUGCUGAUCAAGGCUGGAAUGGAUGAAGAGAAGUAUUUGGGAGACCGAUCGAAGGAGAGUUUGACCAACUUUACCAUGCAGUUUGUGAAGAAUAAAGUUACAGAGCUCUGGCAAGGUAAUGUCUUUGGGGAGAUCGAAAGAGCCUUCGUUUCAGGAAUCGGCUGGAUCAUUACUUUUUGUGCCGAGACUGGAGACUGUCUGUCAUCAGAAGCAAGACAGAAAUUAGCUGGAAUGCUGGAUGGCCUCGCAAACGUGGGCUGGAUGGACUGCUCCCGGCAGCCGGACCUGUGCGCCAGCUUCGACGUGACGUCCAGCACCACGGCCUACUUCUCCCCCAGCAUCCAGACAGAGAAGCAGAGCACUCUGUUUCUUCAGAGCCUGGACACAAAGGAGAUCUACUCUGAAGUGCUGCAAAGGAUGCCAGAUGUGGAAACACUUACAAAGGACAUUUUUUCAGAUAAAGUGGCUCGCCAUCGCUGGCUAGUCAGCUUCUCCUUUGGACAGGCAGGCUUGGCAUCUCACAAGUACAAAAAGCUGAAAGUACUUCUGAAGGAUUUGCACAUCCAGGUGGGGAAGGUUGACUGCAUCACACAGGCUGAGCUCUGUGGCUCCCUCUACAUCCAGGAGCCCAGCAUUGUGGUCUUCAAGGGACUUGGCAUCAAUGAGUUUGAAAUCUACCAUGGGGGUGACAUGCUGUAUGAAGUUGCAUCCUUUGCGAAGGACAGUGUCCGUGCCCAUGUGACAACCCUGAGGCCAGGACACUUCCCCAGUGACCGGAAGGAACCCUGGCUGGUGGAAUUCUUCAUUCCACGCUGUCCUCCAUGUCACACUCUCCUCCCCGAGCUUAGAAAGGCUUCCGUCCAGCUGUUUGGACAGGUCAAGUUCGGCACCCUGGACUGUACCGUGCUCAAGGAGCUCUGCCGCAAGCACAACAUCCGCUCCUACCCCACGAUGGUGCUCUUCAACCAGUCCAGCAUCCACGGGUACGAGGGCCGCCACUCAGCCGAAGGCAUUGUGGACUUCGUUGAGCACCUCGUCAAUCCUGUGGUGGUCACCCUAACGCCAGACACCUUCCAAAAACUGGUGAAGCGCAGGGAGUCCACCGAGGCAUGGCUGGUGGACUUCUACGUGCCCUGGUGUGGGCCCUGCCAGGCUCUGCUUCCUGAGUGGAGGAAGGUUGCCCGGAUGUUCAGCGGCAUUGUCAGGGUGGGCACUGUGGACUGUGGCAAGUACCAGUCCUUCUGUGAGCAAGAGGACGUCCAGGCCUACCCCGAGAUCCGGCUCUUCCCACAGAGCGGCAGUCACCCGGACCGGUACCAGAGCUACGGUGGCUGGAGCCGGGACGCCGCCUCGCUCAGAACCUGGGCUCUAGAGUCACUGCCCCGGGCGUCUGAGGAUCUGAGCCCCGAGGACCUCCGCAAGCACGUUUACAGCGGCAAGGAGCACUGGGUGCUGGACUUCUCUGCCCCGUGGUGCGAGCCCUGCCAGGACUUUGCCCCGGAGUUCGAGCUUCUCGCUCACAUGAUGAAGGGCAGUGUGAGAGCAGGAAAGGUGGACUGUCACACUCACUCGCAGGCCUGCGAGAAGGCAGGCAUCAAGAGCUACCCCACUGUACGCUUUUACCCCUACCUGGGGUCAAGUAAGCAGGACCAGGCGGGAGAGCCCAUAAACAGCAGAGAUGCGAGCGGUAUGGCGGACGCUCUGAGACGGCACCUCCGGCAGCUAUCUGCUCGUUCUCCGAGAACAUCCGCCAAAGUCAAGGAUGAACUGUAGUUGGGAGAUGAUGGAGUCCAGGUGACCACCUCCAGACGUUCAAGAGGACGUGACGAUUGGCUGGACUCCUUUGCUACUGUGUCACUUUGUGACCUCACUGCACCACUGGACCUCUGCUUUACUGUAGAGCAGGGUGCGUUUAAGCACGGUGUUCCUCUUGUGAUAAAAUCCUGCGCAAAUUACGUCCGUAUGGAAUGGUGUGUACACGGAGUGUAUGGACUGAGUGUCUUCAGCUCCUUUCACAUGACAGCUUGCUCUAAUGUGCCUGUUGCGUCAGAGGCACUCAUUUGUUGACCUGUGGUUACCAUGACAACGUUUGUCCUGAAGAGUGAGACGUCAGUGUACAUUACACAUGUACUUACUUGACAAGGGUGAAAAUUUCCUGAAGGAUCUGUAUGUUUACUGCCAGUCAGUAAUAUUAAAAUCUGCAUGUUUUUCUGACACUCCAUACGUGUAAUAUUCACAGAUUUGUCUCACCAGGCACUCCGUCUCUUUCUUAAUUUAAAUUUUGCAAUGAUACUG